UCUCCGUUCACACUAAACCACCCCGCUUACCUUUGCCCUCAAGGCUCAACUUAAUCUUUUUUCACCAAACUCAACCAAAAAACAGUAAUUUAAAAGACAGCAACAUUUGCCAAAUCCGAAAUCAGACAAAUUGUUGCAGAAAAUACUUUUAUGGGCUUGCGGUUUUUGUUUCAUUCUUUGGAUCCGGCUGGAUUAAUGGUUUCGUUUGUUUGUUUUUUUUAAUAUUUUGAGUUAUUUAUUAAUAUUGUUGUAUUGAUUUAUCAAAUAUCAAUCAAAGUAGACUUGCGACUUAAACUUUAUAGAAUUUAAUAAUAUUAAGUUGUAUUAGAAAUGAAGGUAAAUAUAGCCUUGCAUUUGGGGUCAACGUAUGAAGUUUAGUCAUCAUUGGUGGUGCCAGGAUAAUUUCUUUUUGAAAAUGUAUAAUAAAGUCUUAGCGUCUAGAUGUUAGAGAUUCCGCACACAUUGAUUGUCGUGGAUUAUAAUUUUCCAAGAAGUUUCUUAUUUUUGUUUUUAUUUUUAAUUGAAAGUGAUUGAAUUGGAACAGUUGAUGGAUGACUUUCAUUGUUGACGAGCUUUGCGUAGCUUUCUGGUUUACUUGCUCGUGAGGUUCCGUAUAUCUGUCAGAAUCAAAACCCAGUUUGGCUUCUUCUAUCGGAGGUUCUUGAAGUAUUCCAGUUAAGUUAAGGAAAAUUUACUAAAAGGAUUUCAGUGGUCGGACUUCGUGGACUCGGUCGUCGCUAGCCGCCUGAUUUCGUCUUUCUCUUAGCAGUUUCAUAUUGGUUAGAUUUUUCUUUCCAUUGUCGCAUUCAAAGCACACGAUAAUUAUGCAUUCUUGGUCUUUCUGCAUUACCCAAGUUGAAUCUUCAGCGGUCGCGUUGUAUUUUCUUGUUAAAGGAGAUACUUGACCUUUAUUAUCUCAUUCAGAGAAUAUUCUGUGAGCGCCCUCAAGGUGUUUGAUAUAAUUUGCAGCUGAAUAAUUUCGAAUUCUGGUAGUUCUUUAAUUCCCUUGGUGUGAAAGAGAUUGCUUUUGCUGUGUAUCGAAGGAGUCGAGUGAGUUUUAUUGGUUAUGGGGGCUAAAAGUUCGAAGGGGUCGGGCCGGAGAGAACUUAGGUCAUAUGACUCUGGUGGUUCUUCAGGAUGGAAUCAGUAUGGAUAUCCGCAUCCUCAGCAGCCUCCGUAUUACACGCCUCAGCAUCAACAUGCGCCACCGCCCCCGUCUUCUUCUUUUAAUUAUGGGUCGCAGUCAUCUUUCAAUUAUGGGUCGGAGACACCUCAGCCACAAAGAAAGUUGGAUAGGAAAUACUCGAGGAUUGCUGAUAACUACCGGUCCUUGGAUCAGGUUACUGCUGCUCUCGCACAUGCUGGCCUAGAGUCUUCUAAUCUAAUUGUUGGUAUUGAUUUCACAAAGAGCAACGAGUGGACAGGUGCUAGGUCAUUCAACCGAAGAUGCUUACAUCACCUUGGAAAUGGUCAAAAUCCCUAUGAACAAGCAAUAUCAAUUAUUGGAAAGACUUUAUCUGCUUUCGAUGAGGAUAACUUAAUUCCCUGUUUUGGAUUUGGAGAUGCAUCAACACAUGAUCAAAAUGUCUUCAGUUUCUAUUCAGAAGAGACAUAUUGUAAUGGAUUUGAGGAAGUACUGACACGCUACAGAGAAAUUGUCCCUCAGCUUCGACUUGCAGGACCCACAUCUUUUGCACCUAUGAUUGAGAUGGCCAUCACUAUUGUUGAACAAAGUGGUGGCCAGUACCAUGUUUUGGUGAUAAUUGCCGACGGACAGGUGACAAGAAGCAUUGAUACUCAGCAUGGCCAACUCAGCCCUCAAGAACAAAAGACGAUUGAUGCAAUUGUUAGAGCAAGUGAGUAUCCUUUGUCAAUCAUUUUGGUGGGGGUUGGAGAUGGGCCUUGGGACAUGAUGAGGGAAUUUGAUGAUAACAUCCCUGCACGUGCCUUUGAUAAUUUUCAGUUCGUCAAUUUCACAGAAAUCAUGUCAAAGAAUGUGGAUCUAUCUAGAAAAGAGACUGAAUUUGCACUUGCAGCCUUAAUGGAGAUACCUUCUCAAUAUAAAGCUACUAUUGAGCUCGGUGUAUUAGGUAGACAAAGGGGAAAUGCUCCAGACAGGGUUUCUCUUCCCCCACCUCUUUAUGGUGGCAUGAAACGUCAGCGUCCAAGCAGUUUUCAGCAGCCCUCACCUGCUCAUCGUGGAUAUGAUCCUUCUUAUACUGGAUAUGAUGCAGCAGCCAGCACAGCUCCUCAUCGUGGAUAUGAUCUUCCAUAUACUGGGUAUGAUGCAGCAGCCAGCACAGCUCCUGAUCGUGGAUAUGAUUCUCCAUUUACUGGAUAUGAUGCAGCACCCAGCACAACUCCAUCUUCUCUUUAUGAUAAUCAGGUUUGCCCCAUUUGUCUUACUAAUUCAAAAGACAUGGCCUUUGGUUGUGGGCAUCAGACUUGUUGCGACUGUGGAGAAGACCUCGAAGUGUGCCCCAUUUGCCGACGUGCAAUUGAGACUAGAAUAAGGCUCUAUUGAUCGACUUUGCUGCACGUCUCUGAGAUUAUUACUUCUUUCGCGUGUUUAGUUCCUGUGGUAGCUGCACAAAUCUCAUGAUUUAGAGGCAGGUUAGCUGUUGAAGAGCGUCUUUAUCACCCUUUUAUUUUAUUUUUUAUUUAUUUUUUUUUCAUUUUGAAAAAUUCAAAUGGUUUUAGAUGAGAAGUCUGGGAAGUUUUGGGAUGUGCAGGGCUCCUCUAUAUUUUGGUGGAUGUAUUCCCUGGGGCUAAGACACAAGGCUGAUGCAAAAGUAUUGCAUAACUACUAGUGUGGUAGAGAUCAAGACAAGUGGGGUUGUUAUCUUGUUGAGAAAAGAGGGCUCGAAAGCACUCACAUCAACAUAAAAAUAGUUUUUAGUGUUUUGUGGGGAUUUUAUGUGGUGAGUUGUUUGUCAAUACUUUAGUUUUUUUGCUAAAGAGCAAAAAGCAAUCUUAAAAACCAUUUGUAAACCUGCCCUAAAGCAGUCCUAAAAUACAUUAGCAAUGGAGCCCUAAAGCCCAAAUACACUGGACAUUGGAGUCUUUCCCCCCCCCCCCUAGGCUAAGACACGAGGCUGCUUAAUUAAGGACUGCUACAGAUCAUGAAUUGUUUUGUCGGUUCAGAGCUUUUGAUAGAGAGACUCUGGUCCAUCCUCAUUUUUUUUAUUCCUACAUUUUUUAAUCAUUGUUUUAUAUAUUCUAGACUAUUUCUAGUUGUACUUAUGGUAGUGAGGAACGCUGAAGUAAAUAUCCAAUGGGAUGGCAGAUCUCUGCAUUAUGAUUUGCUUUAAUUUUGAUGUACAUGAACUUAAAAGUUUGGGAUUGUAAGAGAAAAGAAUGCGUUUUAUGGAUGUCGCUACUAAGAAUCUCUGGCUUUUAUA